UGCGUUCUAAUCCCGAGUCCGGGUUUGCUUACUUACCGCCGAUUCCACAGGUGUCUGACUAAACCAGUCCAGAGUCAUCAUUCGUAACCGUUCAACUCCGAAUGCUUCUCAGAGUUUUAUCUACCAAACAAAAGUUUGGUAGUUCAAAUCUCCCUAACAUCGCCAUUGUCGCUGCUCGUUUCCUUCACAGCACAGGUUUCUCAGGGAAGGGCAAGAUAAUGGUUGAGAAUACUAACACCCAUGUCACGCGUGUGCUAUUUUGUGGGCCUUAUUUUCCUGCUUCUCACAACUAUACAAAGGAAUAUUUGCAGAAGUAUCCAUUUAUUCAGGUUGAUGAUGUCCCCCUUGAUGAUGUGCCAAACGUUAUCGAUAAAUAUCAUAUCUGUGUUGUGAAAAAUCGACACAUAGAUUCAAAUGAUAUUGCUCGUGCAACUCAGAUGAAGCUUAUAAUGCAAUUUGGGGUUGGCUUGGAAGGGGUUGAUGUUAAGGCUGCUACUGAUCGUGGAAUUAAAGUUGCUAGGAUUCCUGGCAAUGUUACUGGAAAUUCAGCAUCAUGUGCAGAAAUGGCCAUAUAUCUGAUGUUAGGUCUCCUGCGGCAACAAAAGGAGAUGGAAAAUGUCGUGAAACAGAAAAGGUUAGGGGAGCCAGCUGCAGAUACCCUUUUUGGAAAAACAGUUUUCAUUAUGGGAUUUGGAAAUAUCGGGAUUGACUUGGCUAAACGCUUGCGACCAUUUGGUGUUAAAAUCCUUGCAACAAAACGAAGUUGGCAAGUAAAAUCUCGAGAUUCUUCUCAAUCAAACGGUUCCCCGGCAUUGGGUACGGAACAUGAUGACAUUGGAAGUCUGGUUGAUAAGAAGGGUGGUCCAGAAGAUCUAUAUGAUUUUGCCCAGGAGGCCGACAUAGUUGUGACUUGCUUGCUUAUGAACAGUGAAACAGCUGGCAUAGUGGACAAGAAAUUCGUCUCCGCAAUGAAAAAGGGUGCUCUGUUGGUUAAUAUUGCUCGAGGUGGUCUCCUGGAUUAUGAUGCUGUUAAGUCCCACCUUGAGUCAGGUCACUUGGGUGGCCUUGGCAUUGAUGUUGCAUGGACUGAGCCCUUCGAUCCAGAUGAUCCGAUUUUGAAGCUUCAAAAUGUUCUAAUCACCCCCCAUGUUGCUGGAGUAACGGAAUAUUCAUACAGAGCUAUGGCUAAGGUUGUUGGCGAUACUGCACUUGAGCUUCAUGCGGGAACUCCAUUGACAGGAGUGGAGUUUGUGAACUGAAUGAUUAACAAGCAGACCAAUGAACCCUGAAAACAACCCUCUUUUAACUUGUAAGUUACACUUCAUUGAUCUAUUCUAGAAAACAGUAUUUGACUCCGAACUAAGCCAACAACAAUUUCAUUUGAUUACUGUUUUACCUUCAUGUACUCCAUUGUCUUCUUACAUCUCAGACACUGUAACAAUCACUAGGUCCCUUUUUCAGUAGUGUCUACAUUUGAUGUUGUCUGUAUCUGAUUUUGUCAUAUCUAUAGGGUUUUUGUGGUCUUA